CUCACCAAGACCAACUCCCCAUUUCCGGCCGUCUCACUUUCAUCCACCAAAGAAACGACACCGGAUUCCGUAGAUCCCAACCCCUUAAUUAGUUCGGAAUUGAAUUAUUAAAUUUUAUCUUCUGUUAUUAUUUACCAAAUAAAAUAUUUCCAAAUAUGAAUUCCACUCUCUGAGAGUCUCUGAGGCCGCCACUUCGCUUACAUUUUCUUGAUCACCAAACAGCUUACGAACUCCGCCAUUUAUAUAACCUCUCUCUCUCUCUCUCUCUCACACACACACCUCCCCACCCCAAUCUCAUUUUUCAUUUUUCCUCUUCUUUCACUCUCUCGCCUUUUUUUUUUUUUUUCAUAUCCUCUUCCGUUGAUCGAUCGAUCGCCGCACAUUUCCCGCCCAGGAAAAUCCACCGGAAAAAAAAAAACGACCUCCGCCUCUCCAUCUGGCCGGUCAAACUGAGACAGCGCCUCCCCGAGCGGUGCUCCAGGAAGCGAUCACAGCUGCUCAUCUGCUCUACCGUUGAAAGGUUCGUCCGACGAUCCUCUCGAUUUCUUUCCGUGGAUUUGCAUGGUCGCGUUUGCUUGUGAAAAUUAUGAAAUCAGGUGUAAUUCGAUCCGCGAGUGAAUUCUUUGUGGUUGACUCAGUGAUGAUCAAUCCACCUGGCCUGCCUGUUGUUAGAUCUGGAUUCGAUUAGUUUUGAAGCCGCUCAGUGAUCGCGUAACGAAUUUCAUUUUUCUCUGGCUUAAUUCGUUUUUUUUUUUUUUUUUUGACCGGCGUGUUUGGAUUCCUCUCCAAAUUUGCCUGGCUGCUGGCCUGAUCAUUUUCCUGAUGUUUCCGUUUGGUUUCUCGGAAAAUCGGAAUCGUCGAUCAGACUGUGGGAACAUAUCACUUGCGAAAUCAGGGAGAGUUGGAUAGAUCACAAACACACUUGCGUAGACUUUUUCUUCUCUCUUUCCUGUUCUUCUCCCCUGCUUUCAGAAGGAAGAAGAAAAAAAAAAAUUAAGCGUCAAUCCACGUGAUGAGCCGAGUUGUUUGUUUAUUUCCUUACGACGCUGGAUCACGUGGUCAGAACCGGACACGAUUCCUGCAUUUUUUUGCGGGAUUAACAUUUUUCACCCAAAAAGAAAAGAGAAAUGCAAAGCUGCAGAUUCAUAGUCAUAAUAAAUAAUGGCCCUGAAAUGUUUGAAUGGCGCUUGUUUUUUGACCUUUCUAGAAAGAUCCACUUUGUGUGGGAGGCCCGCCCGCCAUCAUGUUCCGAAGGAAGCAACAGAAUGGUCAGGAGAUUGACCUUGCACAGAGAGAUGCUAAGGUAAAUGAGCUAAGGGCUGCUUUAGGGCCUUUGUCAGGUAGGAAAGCAAAGUACUGUACCGAUGGAUGCCUGCGGAGAUACCUGGAAGCUAGGAACUGGAAUGUUGACAAGGCUACUAAAAUGCUAGAAGAAACUCUCAAGUGGAGAGCCACAUAUAAGCCUGAACAAACCCGCUGGCAUGAAAUAGCACAUGAAGGGGAGACAGGCAAGGUGUUUCGAGCCAAUUUUCGCGAUCGUGCUGGGAGGACAGUACUGAUUAUGAGGCCAGGGAUGCAGAACACCAACUGUGCAGAGGACAAUAUCCGGCAUUUGGUGUAUCUCAUCGAGAACAGCAUUCUCAACCUUCCUGAAGGCCAAGAUCAAAUGUCAUGGUUGAUAGACUUGACGGGAUUCUCCUUGAACACCAACGUCUCCAUGAGAACUGCUCGUGAAAUCAUCAACAUUUUGCAGAAUCACUACCCGGAGAGGCUCGCCCUUGCAUUUCUGUACAGCCCGCCAAGAAUUUUCGAAGCAUUCUGGAAGGCUGUGAAAUACUUCUUGGAUCCAAAAACUUCACAGAAGGUGAAGUUUGUGUACCCGAACAAGAAAGAGAGCGUGGAGCUCAUGAGCUCCCUCUUCGACGCUGACAACCUUCCUAAAGAGUUUGGCGGGAAGGCCACACUGCAGUACGAUCACGCCGAGUUCUCUCAGAUGAUGGUUCAAGAUGAUGUAAGAACUGCAAAAUUCUGGGGAUCGGAUGAGAAGCCGAUCCCAAUUUCCAGCAGUCUUGCUGUGAACCAGGUCGCUCCGGAGCCAUUGCCUUUGGCCCCAGCAGCCAGCUAGAAGCCAUAACUCUACCUAUCACCAAAUACCAAGUCUUACCUACCCAUGAGAAAUCCAAAAUGGCGGGUUUUAAAGCAACUGAAAGGGAGCUUUCCUGAUCUAAUUUAUUAUUAGUGAAGUGAUGAGUUGAUGAAUAACCGGUCCAAAUUGAU